AUGAGCGCGCAGACGCUCGUGACAGUGCUGCACGGGCCCUACGAGGCAUGUGGGCUCGUGCAGCACCGGACCUACCGCCUGCAGGGCAUCCAGGCCGCGCUGGUUGCGCGCGGAUACCGGUGCGCGCUCACGGAGACGCGCGAGUGGAACCGCGUGGAGCUGAUGGUCCACGGCAGGAUCGUGUUCAGCUGCGACAUCAGGAGCCUCGAGUACGGGGGAGAUGGCAGACUGGACCCUCUGUGUAAAGAUGCAGUUCUUGCUGUGGACAGUGCUCUGACCAUGGGCCCUGAGUAA